GAGAAAUUGGAGGCUGCUUGAAACUGAACUCGACUGCAGAUGGAAGGCGGACAAUAUAACUGGCGUUUGUUUUUUUGAAACACUCUGUGACUCUCCCUACUCUCAGUCUCUUUUCCAGCAGAGAGAACAGGGCUAUGCAGAGAAUAUCAGUUACCUUACACACUUCCCGCGAAACUUGGAAGCCUUUUCAGCGCCAGAGCGCACAGUGUGGCACUCAGUCUGCGCGCGGCAGCUGUGGUGCGCGCAUAUACUCAGUCGCACGCGACUGAACAGACUUCAUGAGACGCAAGACCGGCACACUGUACAGAGUGUGGAAAGUGGACAUUUUCAACAAGCACGCGUACAAUAAUGGAAUUGUACUUUUUAAGCGUGUAGGAGGAUUUUCACAGACUAUAUCGGACUGAAGAAUAAAAACACAAACAAGAACACCUCUCAGGACUGAAUCAUUUCUAUUUCACUUUGUUUCACACUCAGUCCCGUCUAUGAAGAGCGGAAAAGGGCUGAGCUUGCUAUAAAGUGAACACAGGACCAAGAAACAGAAGUGGAGAGAGCGAAAGAGAGAGAGAGAGAGAGAGAGAGCGUAAGCUCUGAGCCUUCCUGUGUAAUUAAGCAGCAUGGUGCAGAAAAUGAGCCACACGGAGAGCACCGCCGAGGCAGUGCCGUUCUUCGCCGGGGAUUCCAGCCCCGACUCCGGGGCGUGCAUGGACCUGGACUCGGCCGCCUCUCCUCCCUCCCCGUGCUCUGUCGCCUCCUCGUCUGGAGACAAACUGGGAGAGAACCCAGCGUGGUGCAAAACUCCCAGCGGCCACAUCAAGAGACCCAUGAAUGCGUUCAUGGUGUGGUCGCAGAUCGAGAGGAGAAAGAUCAUGGAGCAGUCCCCAGACAUGCACAACGCCGAGAUCUCCAAGAGGCUGGGCAAGCGGUGGAAACUACUCAAAGACUGCGACAAGAUCCCCUUCAUCCGAGAGGCGGAGCGGCUCAGGCUCAAGCACAUGGCUGAUUACCCCGACUACAAAUACCGGCCCAGGAAGAAGGUCAAAUCAAGCGCCUCCAAACCAGUUAACGGAGAGAAGGGAGACAGACAAAGUUCCAGCAACGGAAACACCAGCAUUAAGUCAUCCGCCUCAAGAAAGCACGGAUCUAAGUCCCCCAACAGCAGCAAACCCCACAAAUCACACUUUGCCAGCAGCAGUAGUAACAACAACAACAACAGCACCAAAGCAUCCCAAUUCUCCACUGAACACUCGUCGGACCACCACCAUCACCACCACCACUCCUCUCUUUACAAGUCAAAAUCGGUUUCCUCGACAGCCAAGCAGAUCCCAGACAGCAAGAAGCCCAAGAGGGUAUACGUCUUUGGCAACGGGGGCAGCAUUAGCCCCGCGUCGUCGGUCGCUGUCCCAGCCAGCCCCACGCUCAGCAGCUCGGCUGACUCCAGCGACCCCCUGAGCCUGUACGAGGACGGGGGCAGCAGCAAGGAGGAAGGGGGCGAGUCUGUGAGUAGUGGCAGCGUGGGCGCUUCCUCGGAGCGACACAGCCGCCACACAUACGCCAACCGGCGGGCUGCCUCUCCUACCCCCUCCGGCUUCCACUCGUCCGCCUCGUCGCACUCCUCCUCCUCUUCCUCGGAGGACGAGGAGUUCGAGGACGACCUGCUCGACAUCAACCCGAGCCCCGGCUUCGACAGCAUGUCGCUGGGGAGCUUCGGCUCCUCGGUGCUGGACAGGGAUUUGGAUUUUAACUUCGAGUCCGGCUCAGGGGGCUCCCACUUCGAGUUCCCCGACUACUGCACGCCCGAGGUGAGCGAGAUGAUUUCAGGGGACUGGCUCGAGUCGACCAUCUCCAACCUGGUGUUCACAUACUGAAAACAAACGCAACGACACAAGUAGCCUAUUACCUUGUAAGCAAAAAAAAUCAACCAUCAACUGGGAUCCCGAGCGGACUGGGGGUGUAACAAAGUUGGCUGUCCCAACCAGACGACCAGCGACCCUGACCGCCUGUCUCCCCCACCACUGGGGUGCCUGAGUCGCGCCACCACCAGGCGAACAUGAAGGCGAUUAAGUUGCUUUUUCGCCUCUUUUUUUUCCCGGAUUCGUGGACUGCGUGUGACUCGGGAGAAGUACGCGCAGGGAGAGGGGAGAGGAGGGAGGAAGAAUAAAUGUCUGUGGGCGGCUGACGCCUGAUUAGGACCGACAGAGUUCCUAUUGAAAGAAGACUCUGUCUUGAACUGUUUUGAACUGAGCAACUGUGAUUGAUUUGCACGUAAACUGAUGGCAAGGCGGGACGGUCCGCCUUGGUGGAAAAAGGGACAUUUCAGAUACUCACACGGUCGCCAAAACGAACUUUAACUUCACGAUGAUUUUAGAGGUACAGACACGAGUCCACGAGUAGUUAAACGGUUUUUAAAUGGUGUCACCUAAUGUGGAUUUGUGUGAGACAAGGUGGGUUGACAUUUUUAAAAAGUCCGAUAUUUUGUCAAAGCAAAAAAACGCAUGGUAGACUACUGUUCUUGUGUGCUGGGGGUUCUCCUCUGACUGUGGAGCAGUUCUUCUAAGUAGUAUUAGGGUUAUUUAAAUGGGUAGAUGGCGCCGCUCUUCUGUUCUUCUCUUUACAAAGGACAUGGGGAAUAAUCACCAGCUGUUGCAAUUCUUAAAACUUCAGGAUUCAAACGCAACGUCAAAUCUGUGCUGAACUUUAUAGCCUACACUUUUCUCUACAAUUCAGGACCAAAACUAUUCCUUUAAUGUUUUAUUUCAGAUAGCCUAUUAUAGAGAAAUCCUCGCCGGUUUUUCCACCCUCUGAGCUUUGUUGUGUAGGCCUACAUUUAUUCAGAUGCCAUUUUAUACAGGAUGUUGUAUUUAUACACCGGGCCAAGCAUUUUCGACCGAAAUCAUUUUUUUAUUUUAUGUAUACAUGGUCUAGUCAUGUGUUUUCUUACAGUUUGUCUAUUUGUCUGUACAUCCGUCUGUCAUGUUUCCUUCUCAGGCGAAGGGCUAGAGUUUUACAAACAAUCUUUUUGAGUUCUUUUUAUAUUUAAAUGUAGACUUUUGGACAUUGACAAAGAGAGGAAACAGUUUGAUUAUUUUCUCAGUGUAUUUUUGUACAAAUCUAUAUCAAAUGGGGAUGUCAUCAAUCGGUGUGUAGCCUACAAAUACCGCUGUAUUGGAUUUCCUAAUUUCAAGGAUCCGGCUGGCUGGUUUUCAGUCUGAAUCAGUCCACCAUUCACGUUUACGAUUCCAAUCUGCUUCUUAAAGGCACAGUUACACAUUUUCUCUGAACCCCGUGGAACAUGUGCUCCAACAGCACCAGUACUAUCUCGAGCAGCCACUCCUUUUUUUUGUAUUAACUGUCAGAUAUCUUGCCUAUGACAACAUUGGAGGAGAUUGUAGCUAUAAUUUGGACUUUAAUCUUGGCGAUUUUUAUUACAUUUUUUGGAAAAUUUGGUAGGCAACUGCUGGAUUGAAUGGUCUGUCAGUGAAACUAUCCAUCAAUAAUAACAUCAAGCAUAUUCAAAUUGCUGACUUGAGUUCCGCACACAAUUAAUUGUACUGCGUUUCUCAUUGUAUUUGAAUAUAUAAUCUUUUCUACUUGUCAGCUAACUAUUAGCUAAUAAUUGUUUUAGUAUCUUUAUGGCAUGGUGAAUAGCAUUUGUAUUUCAGAUUCAGGUUAUUAGCUGUUGUGUUUAAAAAAAAAAAAGAGUUAAAAAUGAGGAAAAACAUUGAAAUGUUGAAUCAAUCUUUGUAUAUUUGACUGUAUCAUAAAGCAAAAAGAUUGUGUGUUUAUGUACGUUGUUGCUAUCAAGGAAAGGCACUGUCUAGAACUGCUAUCUUUUACACAUCCUUGACUUACGUUUAAGGUGGUCGUUCAGGACUCAUUUUUUAAUAUAUAUAUAUGAAAGCAUUUUUAAAUAUAUUAACUUUAUUUUUCAUCCAUCGUGUGCAAUAUGCUGUGUAGAACAUUCAUUUUUAUUGUCUCUAAUCAUGCCAGAAACAAAGGAAACCAUCCUUUUCUUGACAGACGGGAGGAGGGAGAAACUCAUGCCAGCUAAAAUUGUGUCCAUUUACUGCCUGUCAGAUUGUUGAUAUAAAACUUGUGUACAGAACUUUUUUCAAGGAAGGAAAUAAAUAUCAGCUGGAACUGAAACCUUAAAAAAAA